GUCCAUCCCCAACCUCUUACUGGAAGUCCGUGUGUGAACCCACAACAACUACAACUAGGAAGCUGCUGCUGCUGCUGCUUAUAAAAAAGAUGUGUUCACACUGAGUCAGCCUCCAGGUGUGACAACACUGUCGAGUGGAAGCUUCAGAGGGACCAGGCACGAGGAAACAAUCUUUCAGAUUUAAACCAUUUACAUCGAGACAAUGUGCGACUUCCAUCUGUCACAAGCUUUAGACAGCCCAACUGAAGAAGAUGAUGUAGAAUGUGAAACCCGCCACCUCAGUUUGACGCACUGUGACAUGCCGGAUGGUCAGGAUAAGACCUUCAGACUUGAGGACGGACUGGACCUGGUGGUUUCCCACAACCCGAUGAGCUUGCAGUGUGUAGUUCACCUGAUGCUGGCGGUGAACAGGCUCAAGAAGUCCCUUCCUCACUGUGGCAAGAAGCUCAGCGAUGAUGAGCUCUGCUGCGCGAUCCUAGACAGCCUGGUGGAAGAUUCGAUAGUGAAGACGACUGAGAACUGCACCAUGGGAGAGAAAAGGAGUAAAUUCAAACGUAUCGGCAGCGUGAAUCUGUGCACGCUGUGUGACACUUCAAAGAAACAUGUCAUCUGCGUUUCAGAGGAAAUGAAACUGCAGGCGAUCACGCUGAAAGGAGGACACGGCGAUCGCAAAGUGAAUUUCAGAUUGUCCAAGUACAUCGACGGCGGCCGGUCGGAGAGUUUGCCUGUUGUUCUGUCCAUCACAGAGAACUUGCACAUUUCCUGCUCCAUGAAAGACGGCCGACCUGAGUUGAAUCUGGAGGAAUGCAGUGAGGUGAAUUUACAAACAAUCAGCAGAGACGACAACAUGGACCGUUUCCUCUUCUACAGGAGAGACGCGGGUCUCUCUCACAUCACCUUUGAGUCGGUGAGAUAUAGCGGUUGGUUCAUCAGCACCUGUGAGGGUGAAGAGCAGCCUGUGGAGAUGUGUGAAGCGAAGGCCAACAGACGUCUCACCAGCUUCAAAAUAAACUAAAAACGUUUUGUGUUCAGGUUGAAUGUCAACACAAUGUUGGUAACUUAAACUUUUAUAUUAUUUUAUGAUGACUUCUUUAAUUUUCGUCUAUCACUGCAUCAAUUUUUCCUCUGCUUUUAACUCUAAAGCUGUUGUAACAAGUGAAUUUCUCCAGUGAGGGAUCAAUUAUCAAUUUGUUGUACAUCACCACUAGAUGGAGACAUCGUCUGCAAUGUUUUGCUGUGGUAGAGAUAACUAAUAAUUCAGUGCAACUCACUAAACCUUAUUUCACUUAAUAUAAUUUCUACUCACUGCUAAAACAUAGUUCUUUGGCAGAGAAAGUCCUAACUGGAUAUUCCUCAAAACUACUGAUUAAAUUAUUUUCAUCUAUUCGUUAUUGUAAAUUCAAUUCAAUUCAUUUCUCUACUGUCUGUUUUUACAAGUGAGUUUUUGUGUGUUCUGUUUUGUUGCAAUGGAAAAUAAUCCUUUAAAAUGAAAUGAGUUUAAUAUGCUUGGUAAAACAUUGUUGGUGUUCCAGGUUUGUUUAAUGGCUGCGUCAUGAAGAGUGCAGUGCUGCUGCAGAUGACUGCAUUUAUAUAACCUUAAUAUAAGGCUUCAGAGAUUGUUAAUUUGACCUGCCUUAGAUGUUUCGGGGGAUAAAGAGGGCUGAAUGCAGCGCAGGCGUGUGCUUCAGUGAACUGUAGUUGUAGUGGAUGAUAAAUCAAAUCCAUUAAACCAACUCAAAAGGGCAUUUACUGCACAAUAAGGCAUAAGAUGAUAUGAAAAUUCCAGAUUACCCUGUCCAACAUAAUUGUGAUCCACAAUAUUAUUCCAAUAAUCACUUAAAACAGUUUCACUUGCACCAAAAAUCUACUGGAAUCACUUCAAUGUUUGUUUGUAAGGUGUUAGAAAGUACAAAAUUCAGAUAUGUCAGCUGACAUUUUUUGCAGUGAUCCCUUAAAUGUGGUUAUCAAACACUUGUGACAAAGACAUGUAAUGGAGGGAGGAUAUUUUACAGAUUUGCGAAAACCUAAAUGUUUUAGUUCAUCAGUUGAUAUUGAAAAUAUAGCCGCCAUUAUCGAUAUCUGUCACAGGCCAAUAGUGGUGGAUAAUACUGGCCAAUUUUUAAGCUGGUGGGACUUCUUUUAGUGAAAUCAAAUCAAUCAAAGGAUAAUUAAAAAGUAAUCAUAAAUCAUAAGAAUGAUAAGAGCUUAUAAAUGGUAAGUAAAUGGUGGUGACAUCAUCUCACUGCUGUUCUUUAUUUGGAGAAGUACUUGGACACUUAGGAUUCAACUUGUUCUCGUGGGGAUACAAUGUGUAAACCAUGCUUUCAGUCAUGGUGACAGGCUUUGACAAUAAUGAUCAAAUAAUUAAAUCAGGAAACUGUCUGACAGCUUCUUCAAGUCAUCCAUGUGCAGAUAUGAUUGAAUAUAACGAUUAUGAAAAUUCCCCACGAUAAACUUUUGUCCCAUCCCAACAACCAACUACUUUUGUUUUCAGGGGUCCUGAAAAUAAGCAAGUAAGACAGAU